AUGCCGGUCAACAUCACGCCUGACAACCUCAUGGAGCCGCCGUCGGGCGGCCCGAUCAACCUCGUCGUCACCAUCAAGGCAACGAGCGAGAAGGCCGCCAAGGAUGCCGUCGAGAUCCUCAACCGCAUCAGCAAGAAGGCCAACUCGAGCGAGGAACCCGGCUGCCUCUUCUACAAGGUGAUGCAGGGCGCGCACGACCCUACGUACAUCUCCAUCGUCGAGCAGUACAAGGACGGCCAGGCCAUGGGCCAGCACACGGAGAACCCCGACUUCAAGGAGCUCAUCAGCAAGAAGGACGAGCUGUGCGCCGAGCUCUUCGCCAAGUACUACUACGACGCUUGA